GGCCAAGCUGUCCUCGGUGGGGAGCAUCUCGGAGGAGGAGACGUGCGAGAAGCUCAAGGGCCUGAUCCAGCGGCAGGUGCAGAUGUGCAAGCGGAACCUGGAGGUGAUGGACUCGGUGCGCCGCGGCGCCCAGCUCGCCAUCGAGGAGUGCCAGUACCAGUUCCGGAACCGGCGCUGGAACUGCUCCACGCUCGACUCCCUGCCCGUCUUCGGCAAGGUGGUGACGCAAGGGACUCGGGAGGCGGCCUUCGUGUACGCCAUCUCUUCAGCAGGUGUGGCCUUCGCGGUGACGCGGGCGUGCAGCAGUGGGGAGCUGGAAAAGUGUGGCUGUGACCGGACAGUACACGGGGUCAGCCCCCAGGGCUUCCAGUGGUCAGGAUGCUCCGACAACAUCGCCUAUGGCGUGGCCUUCUCACAGUCGUUCGUGGACGUGCGGGAGAGGAGCAAGGGGGCCUCGUCCAGCCGGGCCCUCAUGAACCUCCACAACAAUGAGGCCGGCAGGAAGGCCAUCCUGACGCACAUGCGGGUGGAGUGCAAGUGCCACGGGGUGUCGGGCUCCUGCGAGGUAAAGACCUGCUGGCGAGCCGUGCCGCCCUUCCGCCAGGUGGGCCACGCCCUGAAGGAGAAGUUUGACGGUGCCACCGAGGUGGAGCCGCGGCGUGUGGGCUCCUCCAGGGCGCUGGUGCCGCGCAACGCGCAAUUCAAGCCGCACACCGACGAGGACCUGGUGUACUUGGAGCCCAGCCCGGACUUCUGCGAGCAGGACAUGCGCAGCGGUGUGCUGGGCACGCGGGGCCGCACGUGCAACAAGACAUCCAAGGCCAUCGACGGCUGUGAGCUGCUGUGCUGCGGCCGCGGCUUCCACACGGCACAGGUGGAGCUGGCCGAGCGCUGCAGCUGCAAGUUCCACUGGUGCUGCUUCGUCAAGUGCCGGCAGUGCCAGCGGCUGGUGGAGCUGCACACGGCCACUGGAAAGGGAAUGGGCAGAUACCAGGCCAAGGGCAGAGGGUUCAUUUCAGCCCUCCAUGAGCAGCUGGAGGUGCAACUUCUGUGGGACCUUCAGGCAGAAGAGCAGGCCCGAUACUGGGCCAUCUCACUGGAUGAUGGAGAAGACAGGGAUGUUCGUGCCCACUUUGUAGCAGCGGGGACAAUGCCCCGCGGGUCCCAGAGCAGCAAGAUGCAGAGGCAGAGCCGCAAGAGCCCUCCAGCCAAGGCUCCUCCAGGCUCCUGCACCUAA